GGUGAAACGUUAAUGAUUAAGAAUAUUCAUCAGGUGAAAGUGGACGCGGAGCAGUUGUUAAUUUUCGAAAAUCAAGUCGGGUGAACUUCACACAAACCCUUUGAUUUUUUUUUUUUUCAAUUUUUAAUUCUUAGUUUUUGCUGAAAUUAGAAAAUUGCCACUAAGAACAUAUUAACCUCGGACUUUACAGAACGGACAUCGGCCACGAGUUUAGGUCCGUGAAAGCGAACGAAUCAAAUCAUGCAGGUGUGAUUUUUCACAGGUGUCAUCACCGUCAUAUACAGGUGUCACUUGCAGCAAAAGGCGACCACAAGCUUCCUUCUCCUCAUUGGGGCGACUCCACACUCAGACUGUAACAUUUCGCGUGGAAGGAGCAUAAACGGAAAACAGAAAACCGAAUGUUGAACUGGAAAAACGGAUUAUUCAGUUGUGAUAAGGAUCUAGUGGUUGAUUGAUCGACCGGAAAAGAGAAGCGUCAAGAAAGCGUUAAAAUUGAAUUUCUGUGAGAAAUCGUGAUGGCAGUUUUAUGAUCACAUUUCGUAAGACUGGAUGGAGUGAUGAUCUUGUGAAUAUAGUAAAAUUAUCGGAAGUAGUGAUUAAAGUGAAAUACGUCAAUAGAUGAAAAUAAGAUUUAUUUAAAUAAGAUUUUAUUUAAGAGCAAUAAAAUUGAUAGUUGUGGGUGUUUAUAUGUGCUUUAAAAAUAAUCUAAUAUUUGGUUGAGAUCGCUUUUGUAAAUAGCAUGAAAUAUCUCGACAAAAUUUUGCUCUACAGCCCACAAAUGUAAUCAUAUUCGUUUCGUUUUAAUUAAUGCGAAACGGAAGAAUAUAUUUCUCUUGUAACGACAUCAAAGAAAACGGAGAGACAACCAAGAAAGAGAGAAAACGGGAAUCUGAGAGGGUACUCUAUGGUAAAAAAAUAAGACAACGCCAUAACAUUGAUCACACUCACUAAGCCAAUAAAAAAAAAAAAAAAAAAAGACACAAGAAUAAUCAGAAAGAAAAAGAAGAAGAAGAAGAGAAAAAAGAGAAAAAUAGAUAAAUAAAAGCAUCAACAUGGUUCGUCUGACGCUAACCCGAAGUGUAUUAUUAAGUGUCAUAGUUAUGGAAACAUUAUAUCUAAUGAUGUCACUGCAGAGAUUAGCUACCUUGGAAGAACACUGUGCAGCCGAUGAGGGUAUGCAUGUGGAGGGGCAUGACAUUAAGAAAAAAGCCUGGCCGCCCUUGUAUGUGAUCACGCCCACGUACAGACGCAACACACAGAUGGCUGACAUGACACGGAUGUCACAGACCCUGAUGCUUGUUCCGAAUUUACACUGGAUCGUUGUGGAAGAUGCAGAGAAGACGAGCCAGGUGGUGCGGGACCUUCUGGACAGAACAGGCAUGCCCUAUACCCAUCUGUGCGCCACGAUGCCAGAUGAAUACAAGGAUCAGAAGAGCAUGGGAAAAGGUGUCUUUAACAGGAGGGAAGGACUGAAGUGGCUUAGAGAGAAUGCACACGAGGGGGUCUUGUACUUUGCUGAUGAUGACAACUCUUACGAUAUCAGGCUGUUCGAGCAGAUGAGGACCACGAAAAAAGCGUCCGUGUUCCCCGUCGGGAUGAUCCUGAGCUACGGAAUCAGCUCCCCCAUCGUCAGGAACGGGAGGGUCAUCGGAUUCCAUGACGCUUUCCAGGCUGGACGCAAAUUCGCUGUCGACAUGGCGGGUUUUGCAGUAAACCUACGGGUUCUACACGCCAGCCCCCAGGCCACCAUCCCGCUCCGCCUCUCGUACCUCGAGGACGGCUUCCUGAAGUCGCUUAGGCUCGAGCUGGAGGAUCUGGAGCCUCUGGCGUCCGAGUGCACGGAGGUGAUGGUGUGGCACACGAAGACCCACAAGCCAGGCACGCCCAACCCAGAACACAUUUCUCACGCCGACUUUGACACCAAUCUGCCCGAUCUUUACCGGAAGAUCUUGCGUUGAAAGGAAACGUGUCCUGCACUGUUUGGGGGCAAAGUGUUGUACGCUCGUGGGUCCUGCGGUAUUGUUAAGGUUUACACUGGGUGAGGUCGGUUCGGAAUAAAGAACGAUUUGGUUUGA